GCAAUUACCUCUGGCCAUUGGGAGACUUGAGUAGGGAUUCGAGGGCGGCCACACGACGGUGCAUCCUAUCUCGUUCCAUCUGCCAGCUUUCACGCUCGGCGACAAAGGCCUGGUGUUGUAGCCGUAAGGCCUCAUUCAGCUUGUCAAGCUGGGCCUGCAUGUCAUGUUCGGUAGGCGAAGCGGUCAGAAAGUAUGGCGACGAGGGCUGCGACAGGGCUUGCAGGGCCGUGGAAUUGAAGGCGGGAGCCCAGAGCGAGUCGUUGGACGUCAUCUGGAAGGCCAAGGGCGGCGACCUGAGCGGGACCUUCUUGCUCGCUGGUGCAUCGAGAAGCACGGAAUCCAUGUUUUGGUACAAGAGACUUUGUCUUCUGGGGUCGUACCCGGCGUUGUGGUCGAGGCGGAUCGCGUACGUGUACGAGGGCGGAGGUGGAGUGCGUGGUGGAUGUGGAGGUGGAUAUAUCUACGUCAAAAGGCGGAGAGGAGUUGGAGUAAGGUGGACUGCGAACUACGGACGUCGGAGGACGACGACAUUGGCGCGCGUUGAUCUUUUCCUUGCCCAAGAGAUGAGCGAUGCCUGUCUUGGUUUGAGACGCGAGCCCAACCAUCAAGCAGAGAAAGCAAUGACGAAGGCCCAAUGCCCGCCCCGCCAUUUCCCGCCAGCAAGCAAGAAGCUUCGACUCAGCCUUUGGUCCCUGCAGAUCCCUGCCUAGCCAAGCUUCUUCUACACCAUUCUGCCUUCUGUCCUGCAGAGUUACGACU